UGCAGCUGCUGGUUUCGUUACCCGGAAUGUCUGUAAGAAAGCGGAUAAACAGUUAAAGGCGACCAGUUAAAGGCGCAAUAUGAGUCGGGUUUGCACAAUGUUUUUGUAGUAUAACGGGUUGUUGGUUGUGAUUUUUAAACACGCUGGAUAUUUGGCUUUUUUUGGUUCUUUAUAGAACAUAGGACACAUUAGAUUGUAAUGAUGGCGUUUGCCAUGCUGGGGCAGAUGGCGACUCACCUGGCAUACCCCGAACACGCCAUGAUGUCGGAGGACGAGGAGACCCGCAGUGAGAGUGAUGGCAGCUCGGAGCAGAGUUACGGCUGCCGUUCGGAGAAGCGGAGGCGCACCGUGCGCAAACCCGCAGUCGGCGGCGUUGUUAUCGUUAAACAGCGGAACGCAGCAAACGCACGGGAACGGGACCGCACACAGAGCGUCAAUACUGCCUUCACUGCAUUACGGACUCUCAUCCCUACAGAACCUGUGGACAGAAAACUGUCCAAAAUCGAGACCCUGCGCUUGGCCUCCAGCUACAUCUCUCACCUGGCUAAUGUGCUGCUGAUAGGUGAUGGUGGAGAGGACGCACAGCCGUGUUUCAGCGCAGUCUGCAGUGCGCAGGGAGAACCUGGUGCCAAACAACCCCGCACCAUCUGCACCUUCUGCCUCAGUAACCAGAGAAAAGGGGUAAAGGAUGGGAGAGACUGUCUCAGGAUGCGGGGAAUCAGUGCACUAAGAAUGAGCCGUCGGUAGCCCACUGGGAGGAAGGUGGCUGAACUCAGGGAGCACAAACAGAUAUGCAUGGAAAAAGGAGAGAUAGACAGCAAGAGAGAGACACAUGUGAAGGAAGAGAAACACAUGGAGAGAGACACAUGGAGAGAGACAUUGGUGAGUUUGCGCUGGAGCACGCAGAGACUCAUGAACUCAGAAGAGAUGCAGGAAACAGCUCUUUAUUUGAUUAUUUUCUCAUGUAUUUUUGAGGAACAUUUUAAUGCAGUGCAUAAAACCUUUUGUUUGUUCUAAGAAGAAUUUAUAGAUUUUUUUU